CUGUAUUCAGUGCUCUGUUUGUGGUUUACGUUUAAAAUUUAUUUAAACGUUAUUAUAUAUUUUUUGUAUUUUGUAAUUCAUUGUGUUAUAUAGUGUCGUCGGCAUGUUAAAAAACUGUCCCAAUUCUAUUGAUGUACAGGAUUUACAAUUCAAAUUGCAAUGCCGUUUAAAAGUCUUUGAGAAUACAGAUUUGUCUACUUUUCCAAUCGAUUAUAGUCUAGUUGCCUGCGCUAGCAGAUAUGGACUGUUGUUUUUAGGAACAAAUUUAAAAUGCUUUCAAGCAAUACAAACUAAGGAUUUAUUGCAUUAUACUCCAAAACAUAAGGAUGUAUCUGAUUAUUCAAGAAGGAAUGUUAAAUUACCCUCAACUCCGAAGCAUCUUUGUGUAAAUUGCGACGGCACAUUACUGGCCGUGGUUGUAAACAAAGAUGAAUGCCCUGUGGUGUUGUUUUAUACUGUCACAUCAUUUUACACAAAGGAUGUUAAAUUAAUAAAAGAGAUCCGACUCUCUGCAACACCGAAUACUUUUAUAAAAGAAAUAAAUUGGAAUCCUUCCCUUCCCGGUAUAUUUACAGCAUGUAAAAGUGAUGGGAGCUUGGGAGUAUAUGAAUUCAAAGGUGAUGCGGUGAAUUUUAAUGAACUGCCACCCUUGUCUGGUAGUACUUCAUUCAGUUGGAGUCCCAAAGGAAAACAACUGAUUGUUGGGUCAAUAAAUGGCAAAAUUACUCAGUAUAAGCCAGAUUUGAAGCCGGUAAGGGUUAUCAAAGAACCUCAACUUCAGGGUCAGCAUUCUGUAAUUCGUUUACAAUGGGUUGCAAAUUAUCAAUUUAUUGGGGUCUAUCAGUCAACAGAAUCAUCCUUAAUUCUAGUUAUUGAUGCUCCUAAAGUGGGUGAACCCGUUUUUACCAAUUAUGAUGAUAUUUGCUACAGCAAUUCAUCCAGGCCGCCCCAGUUUUACUUCAUCUUCGAACAACAAUGGAAUCUUCUUAUGGUAGCUUCUGCAAACAGUACAGAGGUUGGUGUACUGGGAAACACAAAUGAAACCUGGACCCAGUGGAUAAUGCAAGAUUCAGCACGGGCAGAGCUGCCUCUAAGCUCUGAUCAUCAGGAAACUCUGCCAGUAGGAUUAGGAUUUGACAUUAGUUCCACUGUACCUAUACCAUGGGGCGAGGGAAGCAUACCCCCUUGCCCGUUGUUACUUCUUUUGUCACAUCAUGGGAUCUUGUGCUGUUUUCAUGUUGUUAACUUGAAACAAGAUACACCUUCACUCUGCACACCACCUGACAACAUCUCAGACACAUCCGGUCUGGUUUACUUUAUCAAACAACAAGAAAUUCAUGAAAAUAAAACCCACCUGGCGCACUCAAAGGAUAAUGAAAAUAUAAAGCCUCUACCUGCAUUAAGUCCAUUUCUUUCUUCCUCUGGUCAAGCUACUAUUACACCAGUUAAACCUCAACAAUCUGCUCAACUAUUUGGAGGUCAAGCCACGAUUACACCCCUUAAACCACAGCUGUCAAUUUCGGUAAAUAAGCCACUUGAAUCUGCAGCUGUUAUGCCUACUCCAACAAAUACAACUACAGAAAAAUAUUCCGCUAUAUUCUCAGCAUUGAAAACUACAGCUGCUGGACCUCCACAGCCGAAACCAACUGCUAUUUCCACAAAACCCGCAAUUGUUCAGCAAGAAGAGGUGAAACCCAGUUCUGUGGCUCCAACAUCCCUUAAAGGGGAAGAUCAACUCAUCGACCCCAAACUUAAAGCUGAAAACAAUGCUAUGCUGACCCAAAUGAUCAAAGAGGAAACUACUUACUUAGAGUCGGAAUUGAAAGCGAUUCUUCAUCAGUCUCGUUCUGUUAAAGUGACCGUCGGGGUAGAUGAGGAAAAAACCUACAUGGUUCAACAACUGAAUUCCCUCCAAGAGUUUCUUAAAGAACUCAACACUAUCUGUGUAGGUCAGAGCUCAGAGGUCCACUGUCUCAAGCAGAACCUUUUACAGGCGUGGGCUUGGUUUGAAGAGGCCAGGUCUCACUACAACACAGCCAAGAACGAAGCAGUAGCUUUAUUAAUGAAAAGCCGACCUUUGGACUCGCUUUCGCAAAAAAGAAAAAACGACAUUAAGCAGUUGAUUUAUUACAUUGAGUCACAACUCUCGCAAGCGAACAAGGCACUGGACGAACAGUGGAAUAAUUUUCAGGAUUACGCCAAGAAGACCCACAGGGUUCAGAUGCCUACAAUGGAGGCCAUAUUUCAAACAAUGGUCAGGCAAAAUGCGGUAUUGCAAAAGCAGGCGUACAUCUUAAAAGACAUUUCAAUGCGGUUGCGCAAGAAGACACCAGCAACGUCCCUCGCCCUUCUUUGUCUCGACGAAAAACAAGGGAGGGGACUCGACCAGUCCAUCAAGCUUCAACUAAAUCCUGAUGGUGCGAUUCAGUCCCAUUACGACAAUCUACUAAAACAAUUAAAAUAUCUGUCGGUUACCAAGACCGGUAAACUGCGAAACCUCCUGAAACGAAGGGACGUUUCUCAUGUGACUGUCGUCAAACCUCAGCUCUCCAGUUGGACGCCGAAUCAACCCGGCAAAGCCAAGAUGAUAAUAUCGCUUUUGGGCGCUCAAAUGUCGCCCGUACCGAAAAAUUCGGCCGUCAGGAACUUGGACUUCACCCAAUCGACACCCAUCAGGCAGACGACUGUUACGCAACCAAUCAGCGUUGCUAAUGAAAUUCCGCUCUCGAAGAGCAGCUCCAUAAUAGGCAACAAGCCAGGUAGCGCUUUCGUGCCGGCAACUCAGAUGAAAUCCAGCUCUGGUACGUCAACCACGCCGACCAAUUCGGCGACUCCAACUUUUGCAAAGACCGGCACUCAGGCAACUUCUGCAUCGACGGUGUUUUCAUUUGGCACCUCCACGACGAAACAGAAUAUAACUCCGUCAACAGGAUUUACUUUUAGCUCUACGUGGGCGCCAAAAUCUUUAAUAGUCGAGGAUCCCUUUAAGAACACUGCUCAGCCAAAAAGCACUACCGACGCCCCCACAUUUUCUCUAUACACAACAACCACGUCAUCAGUUUCACCGAUUACUCAGACUUCAUCUCUCUUUUCUAACAUGUUAUCUACCCCCAAGUCUACCUCAUCGAGUUUGCUAAACGUGUCGACUACGUUUUCCAAAGCAACUACCCUGUCUGGCUUCAACUUCAUAGUGCCUACUCUUCUUCAACCACCUUCCGAGGGAUUUACGCCGAUCGCCAACGCUCCAUCUUCGAUAUUUUCAAAAGUUGCAGCAAAAGAAGUGCCUGAAGUAUCAUCCACUUUCGUUCAGGCCUCUGCUGCCUUGAAAGAGACCGCGACGACAGCGUUAAAGUUCCCAACCGGUUCGUUGUUUGGCACUCCUGAAGUCGGCAAGACUGCUGACACUACACUGCCGAUAUCUACAGCGACCGAUUCAAACACUAGUUCCGCAAAUCCCAUAAGUGCUUUUGAAGGAGUUAAAAUUUGUAGUCCUGCUUCCAGGACUAGCGAAACCACCACCUUCGCAUCGUCUAUAUUUACGGCUUCGAAGCCUGUGGGGUCCAUAUUUUCCACUAACAGUUCGAAUGUAAACAUACCGUCGGCAAAUAUUUUAAGCACACUUACAACCUCGCCAUCCACCACAUUCGGUCCGUCCACAACUUCCGGUUCCAACUUGUUUAAAACACCCGCUACAACUGCGCCGAGCAUCUUUGCCGCGUCUUCAUCGACGACGGUUCCCAGCAUAUUCGGGACUGCGCCUUCCAGUAUCUAUGGCGGACCAUUUAAAUUUUCCCUUCCGUCUGCCCCUAGUGCCGCGACGACUACUACAGUUACUACAACGUCCAGUAUUUUUGGGGCAGUAGCGGCGAGUUCCGCGUCUUUGCCUUCUGUUACAUCUGGAUCUACUCCAAUAGCACUUGGAACUCCCACAACUUCAUCAAGUGGCAUCGAAACGCCCACAACAUCUGCUUCACUAUUUGGAUCCGCCCCCAGCACACCUGUCACUACAUCUGCGAUCGCUGCUUUUGGUGCAGCACCUUCUCUGUCAAAUAUUUCCGGAGUGGCUCCCAUUGGAUUUGGUAUAACAACGACGGCUACUACACCAUCGAGUGUAUCGGAAGUCACAACACCAUCUACAUCUACCACAUCUAGUAUCUUUGGAGCCGUUCCUUUGGUCGCACCGUCGUCAACACCAUCCAGUUUGUUUGGCACAGUGGUAUCUGUCCCACCUUCUUCGUCAACGGUACCACAAAGUGUAUUUGGAGUAACUACUGCGUCUGCUCCAACGUCUAAUGUAGGCGCAACAACUCCCAGCGGGAUCGGUGGCGAAACCGCAACUAGUAAUGUGUUUGGAAUGUCGCUUUCAGACACUGCAACAACAGCCUCAAGUAUCUUUGGAGGCAGUUCCCAAGAAUCAAAUAUAUUUGGUGGUUCGGCUACUAGUACACAGUCCAACUCUGUACUUGCUCCACCACAAUCUACUGGCAGUUUAUUUACUCAACCUAUUGGAGGUCAAAGCAUAUUUGGCUCUCCUCAAACCUCUUCCGGUGGUUUUAAUGCCUCCCAAUCCACACCUUCUAUAUUCGGAACCACCUCGACCACCUCUGUAUUUGGGUCACCUCAAACGAGCAGUACUACCACCGCAUUCGGAUCGACGGAGGGUAACACAUCAUCGAUAUUUGGCGCAUCCCAACUCACCAGUACCCCCUCGGUUUUUGGAGCAACGACGGCAGCAACAAACACGACGUCCAUAUUUGGACAAGCUCCAGCGUAUUCUACAGCUUCCGUAUUUGGCACUACAACUUCAAGUAGUUUUGGCAGCGGUACUCAAACAAGUACCUUUGGAUCUGGUUUCGGUUCUUUUGGUUCAUCAGCUCAGCCACAAAAUGCGUUUGGUUUCGGUAAUUUAAGUGUGGGCGGUGCAAGUCAAUCGUCGGGAAGCAUUUUUGGAGGUGGUAGUUCAUUCGCGCAGGCAGCAGCAUUGUCAAAUCAAAAUCCUUUCGCUAAAGCCGGAACCGCUUCAAAUGCAUUUACCAAUCCAAAUGCUUCCCCCAAUAUAUUUGGCACUCCCGCUGCCACUACAGGCUCAAUAUUUGGAUCUAACACGGGAGGCACUUUUGGAAGUGGCUUUGGCACGUCAAAUACUUUCGCUUCGUCAACGUUCGGUCAAAACACUACAUUUGGACAGAGCAGUUUUGGUAAUACACCCUUUGGUGCGACGCAAUCUGGUCCUUUUAGCACGCCCAAUGCGUCGCCCGUAGCUCAAAGCGGUUUUGGUGCUUCACCAACCUUCCAAAAGCAAUCCGGGUUUGGUAGUCCUCCCUCAUUUGGAGGUCCGCCCGCCCCAUCAUUCGGAACAGCCCCCAGUUUUGGAGGGUCCCCUACUUUCGGAACGGCCGCUACAUUUGGGAGUCCCGAGAAAGUGUUUGGGGCCCAGACUGGUAACACAUUUGGAUCGUCCGCAAGCCAACCAAAUACUGGUUUUGGGAAUUUGGCGAACCAAAACACCAUUGGAUUUGGAAAUUUGGCGCAGCAAGCAAGCAAUCAAAGUUCAUUACCAUUUUCUAGCGGGAGUUCUUCAUUCUCAAGUUGGCGAUGA